AUGCAAAAUUUCCAAGCAUAUCCAUUAUCUCCGAUUAGUAAUGGACGACUUCUUGUUGUUGACGAUAAACAAACAUUUCCUCGUUUCACUUCCAAUGAUUCCGGUAUUAGUUUUGGCGAUAACGAUGAGAUCGAAAGCAUCUCUUCCGAUGAAUAUGAUUUUGAAUUUGAUCACAACUCGUCGAUCACUAUAACAAAUGAUGCUCAUCUAGCAUCGGCUAUUCGUGACGAUGACAAGAAAUUCUUUUGUGACAACACUGCUUGGGCUUGGCAUGGCGAAUUCGGUCGAUUGAUCAUGGCUCCGGCUAUGACAUUCAACAUUGACUAUCGUCUUAUGCUAUACGAUGCCCGUUCGCUAUGUCCUCGUGCAUUAAAUGCACAUUAUUCUAUGAUCCGACUAGAUAAUGCCAAAGCGCAAUUUAAAUGCGAAACAUGUGAACAUUGUUGGACAUCCAUGAGAGCUCGUUGUUCAUUUCAUAUAUCCAAACCACAUGAAGGUGGAAUCAUACUUUUGAAACUUUUCACUCAACAAUGUCAACAGUGCUAUUCAACGGUGUACCCAUUAUGGUACUAUGAUGAAAUUUGUCGCGUAAUGAAAAAUUUAGCAUUUAUAGUUUUACGGCAUUUCCUUCCUCAGUCGAUCCAAUCGAUUGCGUGGGAUUUAACACAUGAUGGUAUAAAACCAGUAAGACGCUUAUUACAACGAAAAGGAACAAUGCAUGGUCAACAUAACUCACUCUUAUGCGAAGCAUGUCAUCUUGGUUUUUGUUAUUAA